CCCUGCACCAUGGCGUCCUCGUGCGUGCUCGCCGUCUCGCUGCUGGCCCUGGCCAUGCUGUCGCCGGCGACGUCCGAGCGGGCCCUCCGCGUGCAUGCCGCCGGUCGCCGGGAUGAGACGCACCCCCCGCCCGAGCCCGCGGUGCCGGAGCUGCCGGCCAAGGCGGAGGACGGUGCGUUCGCAGACAAGGGCACGGCGUGCAGCGCCUGCAAGUAUGCGGCCACGGGCUCCUGCGCGAUGUACAAGACGUGCAUCUGCUACGCCACCAACUCCUUCUUCGAGGUGAUGGGUGUCCCGAGCCCGACUGACACCAGCAACUGGCACUGGGCGUGCGGCAACGAGGGUGGGGACAAGUACGAGCUGUGCUUCUCCGUCAACGAGCACUACGAGGACACCUUCGGCGACAAGACCGAUCCGAACAAGCCCAAGUGCCCGUGA